CUGUAAGUUCUUCGCUCUGUAUUUAGACUUUGGAUUUCGCCGUAUUUCCAAGUGCACUACUGUUAGGUGAGAAAUGUAUCUAGUUAUUUUUCAACCUAAACUGAUAUUCGCAUAUAUAUUUUGAUGUUGUGAGGCUGUUCAAUAAACUCACAUUCGUCUAGAGCAACUGUGAGUGUUUGGUUGUUUACACCAUUCUUCAUAAAUAUUAAUGGAGUUAAAGACAUGUUGGAUGAGUAUGCCCAUGCCUAUUCUCACUUCAAACUUCUCAUCCUCCUCUUGUAUUUCUUUAAAGAGAAAUUCUUCUUGUUCUUCUAGAUGUAGAGCAUUGGAACAAGCCAGAACUUCCUUUUUCGGAAAUGAUGGAAGAUUGGAGUUGAACCCUCUCCAAUAUAAAGUGGGAUCCGGUAUGAAAGGUGGUCGUGGUAGUGUAAUAGUUGCAGUGAUUAAAAGAAGAAAGGAAAUGCCAUUGGAUAAUGUGAUACAGCGCCAGAAAAAGCUAAAAUUGGUUUCCAAGAUAAGGGAUAUUCUUGUGAAGCAGCCCAACAGGAUGAUGUCUCUUAGGGAGCUUGGUAAGUACAGGAGAGAUCUUGGUCUCACUCGGAAGCGAAGGGUCAUUGCAUUGCUUAAGAAAUAUCCUGCUGUUUUUGAAAUUGUGGAAGAAGGUGUUUAUUCGCUUUAUUUUAGAUUGACCCCAUCAGCUGAUAAGAUAUAUAUGGAGGAAGUGGGUAUAAGGCAGGAGAUGGAGGAGCGAUUGGUUGCCAAAUUGAGGAAAAUUGUGAUGAUGUCUAUUGAUAAAAGGGUCUCCUUGGAGAAAAUAAGUCACCUUAAGCAGGAUCUUGGGCUUCCUGAUGAUUUUAAAACCACCACUUGCACAAAGUAUCCACAGUAUUUUAAGGUUGUUACUUCUCCCAAAGGCCCUGCAUUAGAACUGAGUAGUUGGGAUCCUGCUCUAGCUGUCUCUGCUGCGGAAUUGGCCGAGGCAGAUUCACGGGAGAGAGAGAUUGCCGAGAGAAAUUUGAUUGUUGAUAGGAAACCCAAGUUCAACAGGGUAUUAUUGCCAAAAGGGCUUAACCUCAAACGUGGAGACCGUGAGAGGCUAAGGGCCUUCAAGGAAUUGCCCUUCUUUUCGCCUUAUGCUGAUAUUAAAGACUUGGACCCAGCUACAAUGGAGGCAGAGAAACAUGCUUGUGCUGUGGUACAUGAGCUUCUUAGCCUGACAAUUGAAAAGAGAACACUAGUAGACCAUCUUACGCAUUUCAGAGACGAUUACAAAUUCUCUCAAAGGAUAAGGGCAAUGCUAAUCAGGCAUCCAGAUAUGUUCUAUGUGUCUUUAAAGGGAACACGCGAUUCUGUCUUUCUUAGAGAAGCUUACCGCGACUCAGAGUUGAUUGACAAGGACCCUCUUGUGAUUGCUAGGGAAAGACUUCAGGCCCUUGUUUCAGUUGGUCGUUUUCAAAAGCAACAAAGAACUGAAGGGCAAUUUGAUGAGGGAGGUGAGAAAGGAAAUGGUGAAUUCUCAGAGGAAGAUGAAGAUGAGGACUGGUCUGAUGCAGAAGGUGAUGACAUUGGUGGCGAUGAUGAAUGGAGUGACUUAGAAAAUGAUGAAGAGAGGAAAUCCACACCUUUUAAGAGACGUUCCUCUCCUCAGGAUAAGGCAAAAGUCCUCUUGAAGGCUGCGCGACGAGAAACGUACAGAAGAAUUUUAUUACCUGUUGUAAAAAAAGAGCUUUCAACUGUAACAUCUGAUGAUAAACCCAGAGAAAGAUGGUGAUCACUGUUUCCAGUUAAGUCAUGGAAAGCUUAAAUUGAGUCAGAAUGCUACUUCGAGAUAUAGUAGCGUAUGGAUAACUUACAAGAGACCGUUUCAGGCACAUAUAUAAGUGUGUUACUAAAACAUACUGGGGUGAUUGUCGAGACGAAAUAACCAGCAUACUUUUUUGUACAGGCAAUCUUGCUUGGGAAGUUUUUAGAUCUUUUCUAUGUACUGCCCAACAUUCAAUAGAUAAUCAUAUUUCAUUACAGGAGGAAAUGUCGCGGUAAAAGCAUUUGGUUUACCAAAAUCUUUUUAUUUCUACUUUCUAUGUUACGGAUUGUAGAAAAAAUGAACUAUUUUUUAAAAAUUAAUCUUUGUUUGUCCAUUA